AGAGGGUCUGUCGGGAGAUGGACGGACAUCGGUCAGGUCAGGUCAGACACACCCAUGGAAGCUGACUGACGAUGAUUCAAUAAAUAAUGAAUGAGUCGAGUGGUCACGCAAGUAAGUGUGCACACCGUCCUACUAGGGCAACAUCAACGGGAAACCACUUGACGAUGCACACACACACACACACACACAUGGAAUCGCUGGCGAAUUGACGUGCACACGCACACUUACAUGCAGGGCGGCGGCGUCAGGCCCACUUCUCUCUCCAUCCCCCCUCCCCUCCCCUCCCCUCCAACACAGACAGGCAGACAUGCACGUGACUGGACGCCACGAGAGUGAGAGAGUGCGAAGAAAGGUAGCCGCGAUGAGGUGAGGGCGGCCGAGUGACAUGCAGAGAGAGAGAGAGAGAGAGAGACGUAGAUAUAAAAGUGACUGACAUGCAGCACCAAGAGGUCCACGGAGACGUGCAAACGUGGACAGAAAAAACAACGUGAAAACGUGCAGACACGAGACGUGGAAACAAAGUAACCCUACACAUAAGUCUGUGAAGAGACGUGUAGCACCUAGGCAGAGACGCGCAGAGACGUGGAUAGAAAGCGAUCAUGGAGAGAGAGAGAGGGUGGGGAGAGCGGGAGGGGGCCCAUGUCGGGCAUUAGACACACACACACGCACACGCACGAGAGUGGAAAACCAUAACAUGACGCGGCUUCUCGUGGUCGGUCGGUCCUUUCCACACACACAGACACACACACGAACACGCAGACAUGAAAGCAAGAAUGGCGGCAAUCACUGAUCUGUGAUGCGAUGCAUGUGGAAUGAAUCCAUGGCCGCGACUGCGAUGACACAGACGGAGGGCCGACAGGGGACGGGCCGACACCCAAACUUCCCGCCCGCCCCGCCCCGCCCCGCCUCACCCUCGUAUGUACGAAAUGAACACCAGGAAAAUCACAUCACAUGCAUAGACACUCACGCACUCACCAAGCGACCAAGCAAUCAGUCAAUCCCUAGCUAGCUAUGAUACAAUCCCUCACUCAGUUACUCAGCCUCCCUCCCUCCCUCCCUCCCUAUGCACUUACAGUACGCGGCAACACACCACACAACACCACGCCGUCCCGCAGCCAGUCCUUGAAAAUCCUCCACCCCUGCCCUGCCCGCCCACACCCACCGCACGGCCGCUGAACGUCGCUCGCUGCACUCAGCCCCUGAAGCCGAUGAGGUAAGGGUUGACGUGCCCCUCCACCUGGAGGGGCAUGUAUGGCGCAUCCUCGCCGCCGUCAUUGUUGCCAUUCCUCCCCCCGAUCAGGGCGACCAGGUCACGACAGGUGCCAUCGCUCGACGAUCGGCCGCUGCUGCUGACGGCGUGGGCCUUGGCCCCCGGCCAAAAGCCCACCUUCAUGCCAUUGCGUGGGUGUGCGGGGGCAGCAGCAACAGCAGCAGCAGCAGCAGCAGGAGGAGGAGGGCUGCUCGUCAGGGGAGGGGGGAAGAAGGCAUCAGCCCUGUCCCUGUCCAUAGCAAUGGCCGUGUCGGUCUGCGGCGACGCUUCCGCCUUGGCGAGAGUGUCGGUGUGGGGGGUGGUGCUCUUGUUGGUGUGUGUGUUGGACCGCGGGAUCUCCUCGUCAUGUCUCGUGAGCUGGGGGGGCGGAGGCAGACACGGGAUGGGCAGGAAGGACGUCGGCACCGCCUGGCCUGCCGGCAGCAUCUCCCGAAUCUUGCUGAGCAGCUGCUGGGGGGUGGGAUGGCCGUCCAGGAGCAGGCGCAGCAGCUGACGCACCAAGUUGAAUCGCUGCACGCUCACGCGCGCCAGCUCGUGCUGCAGCUGCAUGAGGACCGUCUUGCACUCGACCGCCCGCUGCCCGCCCCCUGCCAACGUCGGCUUGGUGCUCGCCUUGACCCAAUCCCAACACACCGUCCGCAGAUAUGGCACCACCGACGCGGGCGGGGUCACCGCACCAGAGGCACCCACACCAGCACCAGCGGCCGACGCGGCCCUCGACGCCAUGCUCUCAGCUGGGGAGGCAUCCUUGUUGGCGGCCAAUGCCUGGCCGACCAGGACGCUUGGUGGGGCCGAGGAGGGCGACACGUCACAGUUGACGCUCGAGGGGUUGUUGAGCUGCAGAACGGAUGAAGACGGCGGCAGCACCGGCAGCGUCAGCCGGUUCCCCGAACCCAUGUCGACCGUCACUGACGCCCCAUCUGUCUUGGGCGCGGUCACCUUGAUGCGUGUGCCCUUGCGCCGCAUAGACGGCUGCGGCUGUGGCUGUCCGCCUGGUCCCCUGGUGGGGUGUCGGUGGGCGGGGUGAGGCGACCACGGAGACGACGGCUCCUUCUUAAUGAUGCGCCGACCGCGACGCGACACGCACACUUCGUCAUCACCACCACCCGUGUCAGGACCGGCUCCCUUUUUUCCAGGCCCUGUCUUCUUGUCGCUCUCGGGCGUCUUGGGCUUGUCAGACUUCUUGAAGCGGCCAGUGAUGUCGUCCCGCGGCGCGUCCGGCCGGGCGGCCUUCUGGUGAGCAGUGGGGGUGUCAGUGUCCUUGUCGCCAUCACGGUCCCGUUUGAUGCCUUUGCUGCGCGUCUUGCCCUCGGUGAGGACCACGUCGCUGUCGAGCAGGGGGUCCUUGUCGACUUUGCGCGGCUUGCCUGGCGCGGGGGGGAAGAUGCCGAGUUUCUUGAACUUUUUGCGGAGCUUCUUGCGUCGCUCGAUGGCCUCGUCUGUGUAGGGGUCGCCUUCGAUGCGGUUGUGGACGGGGUUGGCCUCUGCCCACUCGUCGGCGAGCUUCUUGGCCUCGUGGUAACCGUAUUUCUGCAUUCAUUGACACACGGACGGAAGGAACAGCAGAAGAGAUGUAUGGAGUUGGAGGGGCGGCGGUCGGAGGGGCGAGGCUCCUUACGUUGCUGGAGAAGGUCUUCAUGCGUCGGUGUCCGUUGUCGAUGUAGCGAGCACGCCACUCCUGCAGUGGGGACACAACACAAACAACACAAACAACACACACACACAGCGUAUCCAUCUCAGUCGACAUCCCCUUCUCUCUCCAUCCUGCUUGCCCCGCCCAACCCACCCACCUGUUUGCGAUCGUGGAAGUACACCUGGCGCAUCAUCCUUCCCUUGACAGCCCUGCUCCUGUCGGCCCCGCCGCCCCCGCCCCCACUCCUCGACCCGUCACGCGACUCCCACUCCUCCUCCGAGUCAGACCCGCCAUCCUCCUCACGCACACCACAACCACCAUCACCCCCAGCAGCAGCAGCAGCAGCAGCAGGAGCAGCAGCAGCAGCCCCGUCACACUCGCCCCUGUCCUCCUCCUGGAAGUGCCGCCACAUCUCGUCCGGCACCUUCUUGCCCUUCGGCUCCUUCCGCUUGCCACGCUGCGCUCCUCCCGUCUCGUAGUCCCGAGCCAGUUUGGGGUUCAUGCCGGCGGUCGAGCGGGCGGGGCGGCGCCUUGACAGCAGGCCGCCCAUGUCGCCUGUGCUGGCCGGCUGCUGCUCCGGCUGCAGCAGCUGCUGCUGCUGCUGGUCUCGCUGUUCGCACGUGGCGAGUUCGUCGAGCAGCUGGUCUGCGGCGCCCUGGAUGAUCUGGAGGGGUGAGGGGAGCGCGGCGUCGGGGGUGGCGGGGCCCAUGCUGGCCGGUUCGGCCUGAGGGAUCUUGCUGGUGGAUGCCUUUGUGCGGUCGGCAGAGGCCGCCAUGAGCUCCAGCUCCUCAUCCUUCUUGAUGUUCUGGAUUGUGUGCGGGGAGAACUCACGACCGCCCUCCACGCCACUGCUCUUGGUGCCGUUGGACUGAAUGGCCAACCUUCCCCCCUCGCCAGGAAUCCGCGCCUUCUGUAUGGCGAGUCUUGGUGGUGGCUUCUGCCCAGGUAGGCGUGACGAAGACCCACGAGCGUCCACCAAUGCCGGGGUGCGUGUGGGUGUGGGGGGGACGGACUGCAUGGUCGGGACGGGGUGCAUGAAGGGGCCAGCAGUGGGAGGGAUGGCCGUCUGCCGACCGAACGCCUCGGUGUGUCUGUGAUCUGCCGGCCCAGAAUGAGCCACAGCCACCGGGGGGAAAAGGGGGAAGUAUGCCGGAACAGGCGGGAUGGCAAACAGGCCGUUGGUGGCCUCGCUGGUGCCGUGUGCCGGUUGAGGAGGGACCCCAUGCGGCAGAUGGGGAUGGCCGGUCAGACUGGCGAAGGGGGGCGGUGGUGCUCGGGGGGGACCCUCCGCCAUCGGAUUCGACACGGCACCAAGACAAGCGAGCACCGCAGCGCACCCGACAGUGCGCACGCGACGGGUUUGGUACGGUUUGGAGGGCAC